AUGCACCUGGACAGAGUGGACAGAGCCGUGGAUGCCACUGAAGAGCUACAUGCGCGAAAGGUAGCUGCCCUUCUCAAUUCGCAGAACAGGCUGCGCUGCGCCAAUGCAGCCCUGAAGCAUGAAGACUUGACAAGAAAAGAGGCUUCGAAUGGCAGAGGUGCUGCAUUGGCCCGUGCAGAACGUGAACUGCUUCAACAGGAUGUGGUUCUUCGUGCUUUCUACGACUUCCUAGGGAAGGACGUAGCAAGAAAGCAAAUUCGACGUGCCUUGGAGGCGGGGCCAAAGCGCAUCCGCCCUACCACUCGAGAGGAGUUGAGGUGGAAACUUGAAGAUUUAGGAGAGGAGCUUGCGAAAGCAAAGGAGGAGGCAAAGGAGAAGGCCAAGCAGGAAGAAGAGACUGAAGCAAAGGAGGAGCUUCGAGGUGAGCAAGAGGAGAUCAAAGCACAAAGACAAGCUAUCGAGGAAUGGAAGAAACGCAUAGCGAAGCUGGAGCAAGAUAACUCUGCCCAUCAGGUUGAGAUCAGCAGCUUGGAACGUGCCUUGCAGACAGGCCUGGAGCGGUUGGAUGGACCUCAAGUCUCAGCUGCCCGGAGGCCUCCGUGGCAACUCCUUGUGAGUCAAACUGCUCCUGCGAGUCUCGGGCUUCUGAAGGAGAAGCUCUUGGAGAAGGAGAAGGCUUUCAACCAGCUGCAGCAAGAGCGACAUCAGCUGCAAGAGGAGCUGCUCGAGGCUCAAAAAGUCUCACAGCAACUGGCGCAGGAGGCGAAAGAAAGGAGGGAGGAGCUGCAGCGCUUGCGACAUGGAAGUGGAGAGGCAAAGAGGAGGACCUCGGUAGUACAUCAAGGAGAAAUCCUUGCCAUGAAGAAGCAGGUGGAUGCUGGAGAGACUGCCUUGGAUGAGGUUCGGGCACGACGAAACUCGAUGCGAGCUGAACAGAAGGGCGUGGUGUUAGACGGAAAGCGCCGCAUCUCAGUGCUGGAGGUGGAUCUCGCACGCCAGCAGCAGCAAAGCCAGAAAGAGCUGCAAGAGCAGUUGGCCAUGGAGGAAGAGACUUUGGCAGCAGCACAGCGUGAACGUCUGGAAGACAUUGCGAAGUCAGAGCGGCAAGCAGAAGCGGCUCUGGACCUUUGCCGCAAGGAGGAGGCCAUGUAUCACUCAGAAGCUGCGGAGCAACGCGCGGCGAGUGCUGGACUCGUUGAAGCUGUGGAACUCGUGCGCCGUGGCGUGGCUGCAGAGGCUGCAGCGGCUGCAGCGGUCGCUGCUGAGGGGAUGGCAGUGAAGGAAGGCCUCAGCGAGCAGCUGGAGCAGGGCGCACAAGCGGCUGCAGACAUUGCGGAGGAGCUUGCCCUUGCGAAUGGUUUGAGCCACCAGCGUGCAAAAGAACAGGCUGCUCUCGCUGCAGCAGAGGUGCGAGCGCAAACAGGAAGUCUGGCAGAACGCCAAGCAGCUCUGAAGCGAACGAUCGCCAUCCGCGAAGAUUUGAUUUCGCAGACUCUGCAGAUCCAGGAGGAAUACGAACGAGAGAAACGACGAAAAGAUGAGAUGGUUCUUGAAAAGAUUGAUUUGGAGUUGGAGAUGGAGAGUGAGACCAGGACUUGGGAGAGGAACAUGUUGGAUCGCAAGCGCAUGGAACAGUCUGUUGUUACCCAGCUGCCUGGAGUCGUGAGCAGUGUAGAUUUGAUCUGCCUAAGAUCAGAGCUCACAGUGCAGAAAGAGUUAACAGAACAAGAGGUUGCCCAAAGUCGGCAAGAGGUUGCCCAAGCAGAGGCCAUUCUGGCUGCGGUGACAGAGGCGGCUGUGGAGCACAAAGAGAUGGCGGCCCGGCGAGGACGAGCCCUUGGUGGUGAGGACUCCCAAAGCCUUUUGGAUGAAGCAAGACAAGAGAGGCGAUUGGCCAAAGAAAGCCUUCAAUCAGCCCUUGAGGAUUUGCACUUGCACGGCCUCAGGACUCAAGAUGGUUUGCCUGAUGAAGCCUCUUGUGUGGCGGACAGCGACGUCUCACAGGAUUGGAUCCGCGUGCCGAUCCAUGUCAGUGACAAGGACCAGUUGUUGUCUGAAGUGGAGGAAGCGAAGAAGGCCUUGGCCGUGCGGCGCAGUGUGGCAGCCCAAACUGAGCAGCUCUCAGCGCUGCAUGCAGAAGCAGAGGCAUUAGAAAUUCAGAAUUUGCAACUGCAGGAACAGAAGCGUGAUUUGGAGCUACGCAUUUCUGCCGCGCAGUUUGCUUUGAAACGGUGGCCAAAGAGACGCCAGGCUAAUGUGAGAGGCUGUCCUUUCUGCCAGCACUGCCAAGUGGGUGAUUCUGGUUGA